AUGCACAAAUUGAUGAAAAUUACUGAAGUUCUUUGUCAGACAUUGCAGCGAAAAUCUCUUGACUUCGUACAUGCUAUGAAGUUUGUUGGACAUACAAAAUCACUUCUUCAAGAGAUGAGAGAAGAAGGUUGGGAUGACUUGGUAAGAAAUGUAGAAUCUUUUUGUGAAAAGCAUGAUAUUGAUAUGCCUGAUAUGAAUGCUCGUUAUAAGGAUGGUACAGGUCGUGGUUGCCAACAAAGAGGUUUCAUUACAGUUGAGCAUCAUUACCAUAUAGAUGUCUUCAAUGCUUUAGUUGAUUUUCAGUUGAGUGAGUUGAAUAGAAGAUUCUCAGACCAAACAUCUGAACUUCUUAUACUUAGUUCAACCUUGGAUCCUCGUGAUAACUUCAGGAAUUUUAAAACUGAAGAUGCAUGCAAUCUUGCAAAGAAGUUUUAUCUUGAAGAUUUUGUUGAUAGUGAAAUGUUUGCUCUAGAAUUAGAGUGUGCAUAUUAUGAGAAAGAUAUGCGUAGUGAUCCAAAGUUCCAGAAUUUGGAAUCCAUUUCUGAUUUGUGCAGAAUGUUGGUUCAAACAAGGAAGUCAGAAUUUUUCCCUAUGCUUUAUAGAUUGAUUUGUCUAGUUUUGACUAUUCCUGUUUCUACGGCGACCACUGAAAGAGCAUUUUCAGCUAUGAACAUCAUUAAGAAUAAACUUAGAAACAAGAUGAAAGAUGAGUUUCUUGGUGAUUGUAUGGUCCUUCACAUUGAGAAGGAAUAUGCUGAAUCUAUUGACAAUGAAUCGGUGAUCAAAGACUUUGAAGCUUGUGGAACUCGUAGAGUUAGAUUUAGUUAG